AGGUUUUGUUGUUAUUAUAUUUCUAUUAUAAAGUCAGUUUUUCCUAGAUAAAUCUGUAGAUAUUUACAAUUUUAUUUUGUUGUAUAAGUAAUAUUUUAGUAAUGGCAAAUAAGAUGAUUUCUUUGCGACGCUUAGCCCGUUCAUCCUUGUGUCAAUUCCGCGGGAUCUCCACACAUCUAAGUCCAAAGCUAUGCAAAGCUCAGGUGACCAACUCGUCUCCGACCGGCAAUGCAUCCUCACCCGGUGAGAGUUUAUUGGAAAUUAUGCUCCGUCAAAAAAUACGUAACCUAGGGCAACCAACUAGUGCAUCGCAUCCCCAUUUAAUAAGAAGCAAUGAGCUAGUCCCAGGCGUGGAGAUGAUUGAAUUCCAGAGUAGACGUAACACGUUAAUGAAAAACCUACAGGCCUAUGCCCGCACACUGGGCAACGAAUUCAAUGGACGAUCCUGCCAGAGUCAUAUGGUUGUCCUUAGUUCUGCCACCAAAAAGUACAUGAGCGGCAAGAUUCCGUAUGUUUUUAGACAAAAUUCUGAUUUUUAUUAUUUAACUGGAUGUUUGGAACCGGACUCUGCCCUCAUUCUGACCAUUGAUGAGAGCUCCAAUGUUCAGUCCAUACUAUUUAUGCGUCCCAAAGAUGCGCAUGCUGAGCUCUGGGAUGGUCCACGUACUGGGCCAGAGUUGGCCGUAGGUUUAUUUGGUGUCAAUGAGGCGUAUCCAAUGGAGCAAUUCAACAAUUGGCUAACCAAACGAUUUACUGCUGGAAAGCCGCAUCUGUGGUUCGAUGCAAAGCUAUCGGAGUUGCCGCAAGUCAAUGAAAGUGUCCUUAAGUUAACUAGCUCCGAGCAGAUCGCCUUGCUGCCCGUCUACACAUUUGUAGAGGCCAUGCGUCUACUGAAAUCGCCUGCUGAAAUGGAAUUAAUGCGUCGUACCUGUAAGAUAGCCUCGCAGUCCUUUAAUGAGGUUAUGGCCGAGACACGACCUGGUCAAUCGGAGCAUCAUCUGUUUGCAUCAAUCGAUUUUAAGUGCCGUAUGCGAGAUGCCAGCUUCAUGGCCUAUCCACCUGUCGUUGCUGCCGGCAAAAAUGCCACAAUUAUCCAUUAUGUGAACAAUACACAGUUAUUGCAGCCAAAGGAUUUGGUUCUCAUGGACGCUGGCUGUGAGUACGGCGGCUAUACGAGUGAUAUAACACGAACAUGGCCAGCAGAUGGCACAUUUACUGAUCCCCAGCGAACGCUCUACGAUAUGUUGGCCCAGCUGCAAAAGGAAGUCAUUGAAGUAAUUAUGAAGCCUGGCGGUGAGACAUUGGAUCAACUCUUUGAAGUCACGUGCUAUAAAUUGGGCAAAUAUCUACAAGAGAUUGGACUGAUUGGCAAGCAUAUAAGUGAUUACAAGGAGCUUGCCAGUCAGGGUUAUAGAUUCUGUCCCCAUCAUGUCUCUCACUAUCUGGGCAUGGAUGUGCAUGAUACACCGCAUGUGCCCAGAAAUACUGCAAUCCUUCCAGGCAUGGUAUUUACCGUCGAGCCGGGCAUUUAUAUUAGCCCGGAUCGCACCGAUGUUCCGGUGGAAUUCCGCGGCAUCGGCAUACGCAUCGAGGACGAUAUACUUAUCAAUGAUAAUAAUGAGGUGGAAAUUUUAACCGGCAGCUGCAUUAAAGAUUGCCGCGAGCUUGAAAAUCUAUUCAAGCGGAAGGACUGAAAUAAAGAUUUAUCUUUUGUCCCAAAAAA